AUGAAAAACCUAGCAGCUUGUGGAACAAACGCGUCACGUGACCAGUCUCACCGAAGUGGCGAUUUGGUGGCCGUGUGUCCAAGAGCCCUACACCAGCCUUAUACUUCAACAAUGACUUCUAUCGGAACGGGCUACGACUUGUCUAAUAGUGUUUUUUCGCCAGAUGGCAGAAACUUCCAAGUGGAAUACGCCAUGAAAGCAGUGGAAAAUGGAGGCACAUCUAUUGGCAUCAAGGCCAAAGACGGCAUUGUGCUUGCUGUAGAAAAAAUUGUCAACUCCAAAUUGUUAGUCCCUGGUAGAAACAAAAGAAUCCAAACUAUCGACAGACACAUUGGCGUUGCAUACUCAGGCUUAUUGCCUGAUGGGCGCCAUUUCGUCAAUCGUGGCCGUGAUGAGGCCCAAUCCUACUCUAGCAUCUACAAGACCCCUGUGGGCGUCCCUGCUUUGAUGGACAGGUUGGGGCUCUACGUACAAAACUACACUUGUUACAAUUCUGUGCGCCCGUUCGGAAUAGUGUCGAUAGUCGGAGGCGUCGAUGAAAACGGGCCCCAUUUGUACAUGGUGGAGCCAAGUGGAGCUUUCUGGGGCUACUCUGGAGCAGCUUCUGGAAAAGGUAGGCAAACGGCCAAGCCCGAGUUGGAGAAGUUGGAUUUUGAGCUGUUGACAGUGAGGGAAGCUGUUAAACAUGCAGCCAGAAUAAUUCACCAAGCACACGAGGAUAAUAAGGAUAAGGACUACGAGUUGGAGAUCUCCUGGUGUUCGUUGGAAGAAACGGGGGGACAGCAUCAGUUUGUGCCGGAGGACUUGUUGCAAGAAGCUAUCAAGCUCGCUCAAGAAGAAGACGACGAAGAAGAUGAAGAAGAAGAUGAAGAAGAUACCGAGAUGGCCAGUUAGAAACACUAGUUGCCUGGGUGCGGUGUAGAUCACAAAUAAACGACAGAUAAAACGAGUCAUAGCUGGUGAGAUUAGUGUAUGUAAAUUUUAUUUGCAAUGCUUCGUAAUUCAUGCUGUAUGCCAAAAAUGCAGAACGAUGCUGCAUAGCAUGGGUCCGUGUUCUUCAAAUGAUAUAAGGUGUGACGCGGUGACCUCCGAGAUC